AUGGGAAACGAAAGCGCUGACUUAGACUCUAAUAUUGGGAGUAUGAUAUAUGCUUACUUCAAAUUUUGUUAGGCUGAAAAAAAUUAUCUAAAUUACUUGAAAGAAAACUCUGUUUAUGAGUAAAUGGAUUUUGAAAAUCUUUUAAAUAUGUACCUACCUGUUAUUUAGUGUGAUAGAUAAGAUAUAAAUAGUAGAUUUGAAAGUUUAGACUUGCUGGAAACACAUUAAAUUCAUGUUGAUGAUAUUAUUUUUAAAGAUGAUUUCAAUAUUUAAGAAGUUAUUACUGCAAGUAAAUUGGAUGUAAUACUUUAUGAUCAUAAUUGCACUAUUUACCCGACACUUAAAAGCAGAGUUGUAGAAAUUACUGACCAUCAUUAAGAUACAACUGACUAAUUUUACGAAAAAAAUUAAAAAAUUAUCAAAAAUAUAGCGACUGUGGGAUCUGCUACUACAUUAUUAGGUGAAUACUUUAUUUAAGGAAACGAAGAUAUUUUAGAUCCAAUUAUUGCAGACUCAAUAAUGAAAACAAUAAUUGUUGAUAGUUACAAUUUUGAUAAAAAGUUAGAAAACAUUAGAUGGAACAAUAGAGAUAGUACAGUUUUAAAUUACAUGACAAGCUAUCUUUAAGGCAUUUUUCCUCAAUAAAAUUUUGAUAAAAAUGAAAUAUUUUCUAAAAUAGAAGCACUUAAAUUUGAUGUUAAAAAGAAUUCUAAUUUAGGUAUUCCAAAGCUUCUUACCAAAGAUUACAAGCAAUUUAAUUAUCAAAAUAAUACAAAUGUUGGCUACAGUGUCUUUAUGAUUUCCCCAGAAGCAGUAUUUGAAACUUACUCUACUGAAAAAUUAGAAUAGGAAAUUGAAAUAUUUUUUAAGAAUAAAAAUUUAGAUUUAUUAAUCUUACUAUUUGCUUAUCCAACCAAAGAGCACUUUGAAAGAAAAUUCAUUUCUUUGUCCCAAAAAAAUAGGCUAGAUGAUUUAAAUUAGGUCAAAUAACACCUAUGCACAAGUUUAAAAGUAACUGAAGUAGACUAUAGCAAAAAUUUUAACAAUUAUAAAAAUUAUCACCAUUCAUUUUAUGAUACAACUCAUACUUACACAAGAAAAAUUAUAGAACCUUUGAUAUCUAAAAUACCAUUUAGCAAAUUAUGA